AUGGUAUCAGGCAUAGCUCUUGAGUUGAAGUCUCUCGCCUCUCGGCCAUCCUUUAUUAAAAAUUGUGCACGUGUAAGACUUUAAAUGAGGAAAAAGAAUAGUAAGGACUCUUAAAAUGACUUGCUAACGAGUGAUUAAAUGUCACCAGUAAAAUAUUGCAUGAAUAGGCAUUUACCGCGAGUCAAGCCGAAAUUGCGCAAUUCUUGUCAACCCGAAAGUGUUUUCAACAGAUAUACAAAGUGUUGAAGACUAGUCUAGCUACGUACUACCAUCUCCUUUGGCUGCAAAACUAUGGCUAUUUUUCACACCAAUUUUCUCUUCUUCUGGUUUAGUUUUCUCCUAUUUUUCUCUUUUGCUGUAUGCUCGAGAUAUGAACAAGAAGAGCUACAAUGGCUGGAUGAUAAAGAUGAUGAAAUCAACAUGGUUCAAAAUAGGCAUUCAUCGCUCAGAAGCUGCGAUUUUGGCACUGGAAAAUGGGUUUAUGAUCAAUCUUACCCACUCUAUGAUGCUACUUGCCCAUAUCUUAGUACUGCUGUCACCUGUCGGAAAAAUGGACGCCCAGAUUCUGAUUACGAGAAAUGGAAAUGGAAGCCUCAUGGUUGUGAAAUUCCAAGGUUUGAUGCAUUGGAUUUUCUUGGAAGGAUAAGGAGGAAAAGAAUAAUGCUUGUAGGUGAUUCGAUAAUGAGGAAUCAAUGGGAGUCCCUUGUAUGUUUAGUUCAGUCAGUUAUUCCAACUGCUCGAAAGACAGUAACUUAUAUCGGUCCUACCAUGGCCUUUCAAGCAUUGGAUUAUGAGACAUCCAUUGAGUUUUGUUGGGCUCCUUUCCUAGUUGAAUUGAAGAAAGGGCCUGGAAAUAAGAGAAUAUUGCAUCUUGAUUUGAUAGAGGAGAAUGCAAGAUAUUGGAGACAAGUUGAUGUUCUUGUAUUUGAUUCAGCUCAUUGGUGGACUCAUUCUGAAAAAUGGAGCUCGUGGGACUUUCUUAUGGAAGGGAACAAUGCUUAUAAAAAUAUGAAUCCUAUGGUUGCUUAUGAAAAAGGACUCAUGACGUGGGCUAAUUGGAUAGAUUUAAAUAUUGAUCCUCGGACAACCAGAGUCUUUUUCCGAAGCAUGUCGCCUAAGCAUAACAGAGAAAAUGGCUUCAAAUGCUACAAUCAGAGAGAACCUAUAGGCUAUUUAAGCCACCCCCAUGUCCCUGAACAACUAUUGGUUUUGCAAGAAGUACUGAAAAGAACGAGAUUUCCGGUAUAUUUGCAGGACAUUACGACAAUGUCAGCUCUUAGACAAGAUGGGCAUCCUUCUAUAUAUGCUAGGGCUCUAGGCGAAAAGGCUAAGCGGGAAAUGAGAGGUUAUAGUUCUGAUUGUAGCCAUUGGUGUCUCCCUGGUGUACCUGAUACCUGGAAUGAAAUGUUAAAUGCUAUGCUUUGAGAAUGAAACACCGACGACGUGUUUGUUGUACUAGACUGGAGAGGUUAAUACUAGACAUUAUUAAACAAGAACAAGUAACAAGUUAUAUGCUAUCUUGUAUAAUAGUGUACAUUACUAUGUACCAAACAUGUCUUGCAACUGUAUAACGAAUAUUAGGAUGGUUACUAGAGAAAUCCUUUAAGAAUAUAUGAAGUAGUAUGUAGCAGAAGCUACUAAAUGUGUGUACUGUGUGUUCUAAGGUUGUGAAAAUGUUGCUUGUGAUAAUAAUAUGUUUAUUCAAGUGA